AUGGACGGCGGGCGCCAUUAUGAGAGCCUUAUUGAGAAGAUGGUAGGAGCACCGGCAUUUGAGCCAGAGCUUCCCGAGUGUGACGACGCUUUUUUAGCGGAGAACAACGUUUACUCUUCUAGGGACAAAUGCCUUGAUGCGGUAGAGGAGUAUGCACUGUUUCAUGGUUUCGGAAUAUACAGCGAGACGGUGCGGAAGAACUACGCUCUCAUUAUAUGCAAAGCAACCGCAAUCGGUUGGACGCCGGCUUGCGAGUGGCACUGCGUGUACGGAAAGGACAAAGAGAGUGGCCUUUGGGUUAUCACAACCCUGGAUGAUCACCGCGUACAUACAUGUCCGCCGCACCUGAAGGCUCGUGGGGCGAGGAGCUUGGGAAACCGGGUAGCUGUUCUCUACCGACUUUACGGGAAUCUCGUGCGGGCGGACCCGUUUCUGCCCCCCAAGACAAUCUGCGCCCAGAUUUCCGCUCUCAAAGGCCCCAUCGUGAACUACCAUCAAGCGUACAGGCUACGAGAGCUGAUAAAGACGGAGGUGUACGGGGAUUGGCACGACUCGUUCCGCCUAUUCCCGACGCUCGCGGCCCGGUUCAAGGAGAUUGACCCACAGUCCUCGUUGAAGAUCCUGACGCUAAACGGCCACUUCCAUCGCAUCUUCGUCUCCCCUUCGGCGUCUAGGGUGGCAUUGCAGCACUGCAGACCCGUCGUCACGCUGGAUGGCACAUUCCUCCUAAGUGCACAACGCGCCUCCCUGCUCAUUGCCGUAGUCCUGGACGGGAACCAGGAGAUCAUUCUGCUAGCGUGGUCGCUCGUUGAGUCCGAAAACAAGGACUCAUGGACCUGGUUCUUGGACCUCUUUACCAAAACGUUUCCCGAAUGGAUACAGCGGGAAAACGCAGCGAUCAUCAGCGACCGGGACAAGGGUUUGGUCCCUGCAGCUAAGGAGUUCCUCCCCGACAGCAUUCCCCAUUACUUUUGCGGAUGGCACUUGGACCAGAACAUCCGCUGGUGGGGAACUGACGCGAAGAUCUUCUUCUGGCGCCUGUUGAAGGCUCGUCUGUUGCCAAAGUGGAAGGCUCUCAUGCGGGAGGCACGCGUGGACUUCUCCGAAAUGGCGGAGUACCUGUUCGAAAAGGAGGAGAAACCACGUGCACCGCCCGUGGGGGUGGGUACAUCUGCGCCGCCCCCCGCCAGCAACCCCGAGGAGACAACCCAGGAGGCACGUGCCAGGAUUCGCCUGCGGGCCCGUAUCAGCCGUCGUGCACGGGCCCAGCGUCUUCGUCAGCGCAAAGCAGCACAGCGGCGGGCUGCAAGGACCGCGACGGGUGGGGCGGCUUCGGUUACUGAGGAGGAGGAUGUGGCGGCUGGGACUGACGCUGCAGCUGGUGGCGCGGAGGGUGAUGUGGAUUGGAUGGGGCGGCGGGUGAUGACGCUGCAGGGGAUGGGGCGGCUGGUAAUGGGGCAGCAGGAGCGCCCACUGAGGCUGCACCCGACUGCAGUGCUCCACGACCAACUCUGUCCCCCCUCAUUGUCGUGCCGCCCGCCGUUCGACAUUGACGACAUCUUACUCUCGGCCCGCUUCAAUUAUUUCCCUGGUCAUGGACGUCGGCACGCUGCGGAUGGAGUUGGAACUACCCCAGCUUUGCUCCCUCCUCCGACAGAUCCCGCAGCAGCUGGUGCUGCGACAGGAACAGGGGCGACCGGCGCCGAGAUACCGGGGGGGACCGACGAGGACGUCGUUGGGGCGGGUCUGGAUUUUUUCACAAGCGACGAGAACGGAUACUCUAAUCCGUCCACAUCUCGUCCACCGAGGGCGGAAGAGGAUGACGGCCCUGCAAGGGCGCAAACUGGGUUUCAUCAGAACAAGGCGGGCUCGAAGUACCGCAUUGGGAUCCACCCCAAGCAUUGGGCACGUGUGUACGCCCGUACCGCACGGUACGGCAUAUACACAAGCAACGCUGCCGAGUCCGUCAACUCUGCCAUCCGGCCCAUUCGGCAGCUUCCCCCCGUGUACCUCGUCGCCGCACUCUGGGACUGGUACCGGAAGAAGAUGUACGAGCGUGGAGCUCGUGCGAGAGCGAGGGGAGAGUAUCUGACGGAUAAGGCUAUGAAGCGGCUCGCGGACAAACGGGAACGCAGCAAGAAUUACAAGGUGACCAUCGGCGGCCCUGGUUAUGGCACGGUGAGGACGUUGGGCAGCCGCGACUUUGCAGAGUGGAGGUCAUUCAACGUGGACCUCCGCCCUGGCAAAAAAACAUGCGAGUGUGGCAACUGGAAGGAGUACGCUUUUCCGUGCUCGCAUGUCGUGGCGUUUUGUCGCGAGAUGCAAACAACGGACAUGGAUCAUGUCUCCGACUUCUACACCACCGCCACGCUCUGUCAGACGUAUUCCGGGGUUGUCCAUGGCUCUUGCGUGGAUCUUUUGAUUGCAGAGAUGAUGGUGCCACUGCGGGGUGUAUGCGAGCCCCCCCAGUUCAAGCGUUGUGAUCGGGGCCGCCCAAGGACGGUCAGGCGCAUGGAGGGUCAGGCGCCGAAGCAGAAGUACGGUGCAGCAACUGCAGGGCGGACGACCACAACAAGUCGCGCUGUCUGGGGAUGUAUGGAGCUGAGGCAAGGAGGCGUGGUCCACGGACCUGAAUCUUGGCACCACAAACUGCAUGCAGGAGCACACGACACGGGUGAGGAGCCCGGAAGAGAGGAAAGUGAAGAUGAGGGAGGAGCUUGGACGCCCCAACGACGGUGGGAUGCAACAUGA